AGCCCCGGUGGCGGCCGGAAGCGGCGCUCCGCACAGCGCUCGCCAUAGAGCCGAGGGAGGGGGGAGCGCGCACUCCGCCGCCAGCCUUUGGCAUUUCCGGCCGGGCGCUCCGUCACAUCCGGGCGGCUGAGAUGCCGGUUAAAUUGAGUAUUUGUACAGCACAGCUUCUUGCAGAAGGACCACCACACUGUUUUACACUUAGAAAAAUAUGAGAAUAAGCAGGGAGUGUUGUUCUCUCUGAACUAAAAACCAAAAUACUCUGUGCCUUGCUGAGGACAGCUGCAGGAAUCGGACACUUGAAUCAAUGUUAUCGGAUGAGUUAGAAUCCAAACCUGAGCUUCUGGUUCAGUUUGUUCAGAAUACUUCUAUUCCACUGGGGCAAGGGCUGGUGGAAUCAGAACCAAAAGACAUCACCUGUCUUUCUCUCCUUCCUGUUACUGAGACCUCAGAAUGCAACAGACUCAUGUUGCCAGAUGAUGAAAGAGAUCUGACUUCUCCAAGUCACACUAAUUCUUCCAAAGAUGUUUCUUCAUCUGCUGUCUUGAGAAGUCUACAGGUAAAUGUGGGCCCUGAUGGAGAGGAAACAAGGGCACAGAAUGUACAGAAACCAUCUGAACUUCUGUCAACUCCAGAGACUUCCACUUUAUUGCAAGACCUCCAGCCUAGUGACAGCACUUCAUUUAUUCUUCUCAACCUAACAAGAGCAGGGCUGGGGUCUCCAGCAGAGCACUUGGUGUUUGUCCAAGAUGAAGCAGAAGAUUCUGGGAAUGACUUUCUUUCUCAUGAUAGUACAGACAGCAGUACCCCAUGGUUCCUACGAGUGCAAGAAUUGGCCCAUGACAGUUUAAUUGCUGCCACUCGGGCACAGCUCGCUAAGAAUGCCAAAGCAAGCAGUAAUGAUUUUGGUGGGCUUUUUCUUCCAGGUGAAAAUAUUCAUCUUUGCUCAGGAGAUGGGCAGCCAAAAGACUCCAGCCCCAUUCCUCAUUUGUCUCGUGUGGAAAGGAAGCUGAAGUGCACGGUUGAGGGCUGCGAUCGGACAUUUGUGUGGCCAGCUCACUUCAAGUAUCAUCUGAAAACACACCGGAACGACCGCUCCUUCACCUGCCCCGCAGAAGGCUGUGGAAAAAGCUUCUAUGUCUUGCAGAGGCUGAAGGUGCACAUGAGGACUCACAAUGGUGAAAAACCCUUUGUGUGCACAGAGCUGGGCUGCGGGAAACAGUUCACGACAGCUGGAAAUCUGAAGAACCACCUACGAAUUCACACUGGGGAAAAACCCUUUCUGUGUGAGGCACAGGGAUGUGGUCGCUCCUUUGCAGAAUACUCCAGCCUUCGGAAACAUUUGGUUGUCCACUCAGGAGUGAAGCCCCAUCAAUGCCAAAUUUGUGGGAAGACAUUUUCCCAGAGUGGUAGCAGAAAUGUGCAUAUGAGGAAACACCACUCCCGAAUUGGAACAGCUGGCAGCAGGGAGCGAGAACAGCCAGAGUCACUGAUGGGCAGCAGUCUGCUGGAAGAAUCUGCAGUGCAUAGUAAGAGUCUCAUCUCCAUGAACUCUCAGCCCAGCCUUGGUGUUGAGUCUCUGCAUCUACCAGACACUGAGUCUAUUAUUGGAGUAGAGGAGGGGCACGAUAUCCACUUCCAUGAUAAGAAGAUCGCUUUGCUGGAGGCUGGUCCUAGGAAAGAAUACAACCAUGUGCCAGACACCUACAGUAACAGGGUCAGUUCUAUCUCCCCAGGAUCAGCAACCCUUCUGAGCAGUUUUGGUGCCUGGGAUCAUGUCUGCAGCCUGAGACUCAAACCGUUCCAGCGAAUGCAGGUGUGGGAUGCUUGUUCAGAAGCCAUGAUCGUUUUUGAGAAAGAUGACCUAGAUGACAUGGGUUACAUAGUGGAGAACGAUGUCAUUAUGUCUGCUCUCACAAAACAGUUAGAUGCAGUAGCAGACCGGGUGGAGGUUUUCUACGGGAGCAGAGCAGUGGGGUAUACGUGGCCCCUCCCCUCUCACAGCUGUGGCACAAGCCCUUGGGUCCAAAUUGAGUUAGCUGAUGGACGCAGACUUCAGACCAAACUGCUGAUCGGUGCGGAUGGUCAUAACUCUGUAGUCCGGAAGGAAGCUGAAAUUAAGAACAUUGAGCAUCAGUAUGACCAGUCAGCAGUGGUGGCAACUCUUCAUUUGUCUGAGGCCACAAACAAUAACGUAGCGUGGCAGAGGUUCCUUCCCACAGGGCCAAUUGCACUUCUUCCGCUGUCUGACACUGCCAGCUCGCUGGUCUGGUCUACAUCUCAUGAACAUGCAUCAGAACUUGUCACUAUGGAUGAGGAAAGUUUUGUGGAUAGCAUCAACUCUGCCUUUUGGAGCAAUGUAAACCACUCCGACUUCAUUGACACUGCUGGGGCCAUGUUUCGAUCUGCUCUUUCACUCUUGAGGCCCUCAGGGAGUGCAGUCCGUCAGCUACCCCCAAGCGUUGCUAAAGUGGAUCCAGAGAGCCGAGUCAUGUUCCCUCUUGGAAUGGGGCACGCGACAGAGUACGUCCAGCACCGCGUGGCCCUUAUCGGGGAUGCAGCGCACAGAGUCCACCCACUUGCGGGACAAGGUGUAAACCUGGGCUUUGGUGAUGUUGCAUGUUUAGCUCAUCACCUCAGUGCAGCAGCCUUCAACGGGAAUGAUCUGGGAUCCUUAAAACAUCUCUUAAAGUUUGAGACAGAGCGUCAGAGGCACAAUGUCUCCUUGAUAGCUGCUAUUGAUGUGCUAAAGAGGCUCUACUCCACGAAGCUGGCUCCCUUGGUGUUGCUGAGGACAUGGGGAUUGCAAGCAACAAAUGCCCUGCCUCCUCUCAAAGAGCAAAUCAUGGCUAUUGCCAGCAAGUGAUCUGCUGUCAGUUUGGGACAGCAGCUUGCCCAUGAACAUGUUGCCCUUAUAAGGACCAUGACUGACUUGAAUCUUUGAAUUGUGUUAUUUUAAUUUAACAAUAAAAUUAAGGGAUUGAGCUGUCA